AUGCAGCGGAGGAGGACCACGGACGAUCCCCACUGCAGCCUGGUGGGGCAGGACGGCAGAGGUGCUCGCUACGGCAGUCUGAGUGAGGAGGCCAUCGAAAUCCCCCAGCCCAGCAACGCAGCCCUGGACCAGAAGAGCACAGCCAAUGUCUUCAGUGAUGGCUGUACGAGGAUAGACUUUGUCCUGGUGUGGGAAACCGUCCCCUGGGAGCUGAGCAGGCAGCAGGACAGCUGCAAGAACAGGGACUUGCAAGAGAGAUCUGCCACCAUCCACAGGACCUGGCGGAAGAAGUUUCUGGACAAGCUUCAUGCUGCUGGGAUCCACAUGGAAAAGCACAUGACCCGCGUGGAGAAGAAGGUGGUGCAUUACCUGCUGCUGAGCGCGCCCUGGAGCGUACUCUGCUACUACGCCGAGGAGCUCCAGCUCCGUGUGCCGCUGCAGGCACUGCCCAGACAGACCUCCAACUGGUCGGCCAGCGUGCUGCGGCGGCUGGGCAUCCCCAACCUGAUGGCCCAGGAGGUUCCCAACCUGCCGCUGGACUACUACACCUGCCCCUUCAAGGCCAACAAGCUGCGCUGGUUCCUGGGGAGCGAUGAGCAGGACACCUUCUUCUCCACCACCCAGCGGCACCAAAUUCUCUACGAGAUCCUGGCCACGACACAGUACGGCCACUCCAAGGAGCGGGAGGUGGGGGUGGACCGGCUGCUGAGCGAGAAUGUCUUCACCGCCGCCUUCCCACUGCACGAGGGUCCCUACAAGCUCCGGCCGGAGGAGCUGGCUGCCAGCAGCCUCAGCCAGCGCCAAGUCCUCUUCCAGUACUGGGCCAGCUGGGGGAAGUGGAGCAAGUACCAGCCGCUGGAUCACGUCCGCAAGUACUUUGGGGAGAAGGUUGCUUUCUACUUCGCCUGGCUGGGCUUCUACACGGGAUGGCUUUUGCCUGCUGCGGUGGUGGGGACGGUGGUGUUCAUCGCGGGCAUUUUCCUGAUGUUCAACGACGUACCUUCGCAGGAGAUCUGCGCGAGCGAAGAGCAGUACUGGAUGUGUCCCCUCUGCAAGACCUGUCCCUACUGGCAGCUCUCCAAAAUCUGCAGCACGUUCAUGGCGGGACGGCUCUUUGACCACGGCGGGACCAUCUUCUUCAGCAUCUUCAUGUCCCUGUGGGCAGUGCUGUUCCUGGAGUUCUGGAAGCGGACCAACGCAUCCCUGGCUCACCACUGGGACUGCUCCGAGUUCGAGGACAUCGAGGAGCGGCCACGGCCCCAGUUCACAGCCAUGGCUCCCAUGACGAUAAUAAACCCUAUAACAGGGGCGGAGGAGCCAUAUUUCCCCAAGCGCAGCCGCCUCCACCGGAUUUUGGCUGGUUCGAUGGUCAUUAUAAUGAUGAUUGCCGUGGUGGUGAUGUUCGUGGUCUCCGUUAUCCUCUACCGGGCAGUGGUCGCCAUCCUCCUCUCCAGCUCAGGAUACUUCUGGUUUGUGGCUUCGGCAUCCCGCAUCGCCAGCAUCACCGCCUCGGUGGUGAACCUCAUCUUCAUCCUCAUCCUCUCCAAGAUCUAUAUUUCCCUGGCUCAUUUUCUCACCAAGUGGGAGAUGCAUCGGACCCAGACCAAGUAUGAGGACGCCUUCACCUUCAAAGUGUUUGUCUUCCAGUUUGUCACCUUCUACUCCUCUCCCAUUUACAUCGCCUUCUUCAAGGGCAAGUUCAUCGGCUACCCCGGGAACUACCUGAGUUUCUGGGUCCGCAACGAGGAGUGCAGCCCAGGCGGGUGCUUCAUUGAGCUGGCACAGGAGCUGCUGGUCAUCAUGGUGGGGAAGCAGAUCAUCAACAAUGUGCAGGAGGUGGCCAUCCCGAAGCUGAAGUGCUGGUGGCACAAGCACAAGCUCCUCUCCACCAAGAAGGCAGGCGAGGAGGGGGAGUCGGUCCCGGUGGAGCAGGCGCCCUGGGUGAUGGACCACCAGCUGCUGGUGUUCGAGGGGCUGUUUGAUGAGUACCUGGAGAUGGUCCUGCAGUUCGGCUUCAUCACCAUCUUUGUGGCAGCCUGUCCCCUGGCACCCCUCUUCGCCCUGCUCAACAACUGGGUGGAGAUCCGCCUGGAUGCCCACAAGUUCGUCUGUGACUACCGGCGGCCCGUGGCCGAGCGGGCGCAGGGCAUCGGCAUCUGGUUCUCCAUCCUGGAGGCCAUCACUCACCUGGCUGUCAUCAGCAAUGCCUUCCUCAUCGCCUUCACCUCUGACUUCCUGCCCCGCGUGUACUACGAGUACGUCCACGACAGCAGCCUGCACGGCUACGUAAACUUCACCUUGGCAUACGCGCCGUGGGACUUUGUCCUGCAGAGCAACACCACGUGCAGAUACAGAGCGUUUAGGGACCGGGACGGCAACUUGACCUUGACUUACUGGCAGCUGCUGGCCAUACGCUUGGGCUUCAUCAUCGUGUUCGAGCAUGUGGUUUUCUUUAUCGGACGUGUGAUUGCGUGGCUGGUGCCCGACAUUCCCGAGUCUGUGGAGGUCAAGGUGAAGCGUGAACGGUACUUGGCCAAGGAGGCCCUCGCUGAGAACAAGGUGGGCCACGGCAGCUCCUCCACCUCCUCCUUUAAAGCCUUUUUUGCUUUAAACUUGUGCAGAAGCACAGGCAAGCAAGAAGGCAGCCCUGUAAGGAGCUGCAGCAGCUCCUACUAG